AUGCCUGGGCUCGUGACGUCAGCGCGCGCUCGUGCGGAUGGCAGGACUGUCCGGGCAGCGGAGACGCAGCAGAAGAUGAAGAGGACAUGAACUGAGCAGAAGUCGUUCGGGACGGACAGCUUCUUAUCUUGUAGACGGCGUCAUGCUGCACCUUUCGCGCCCCCUACUGGCCGCCUGCUUGUACCUGCUGCUGCCCUGGGGCCAGGGCAGGACCUUCGGCUACAACAACGGGUUUCACUACCAGGACAUCAGCAACGGGGAUGGAAACGGGGAGAUUUAUUUCAGUGGGAUUCGCCUCCAUGUGGAAUCGCCCCAGCAUUUGGUUUCGGCCACCGGGGGGAGCAGCGUCACCCUUCCCUGUCACUACCGCUAUGAACCCGAACUGACCGCACCGCGCAGGACCCGGGUCAAAUGGUCCUGGUUACCCGCCAACGCCAUCACCACGAACGAGGCCUUCGCCCUGGAAACUGAAGUUAUGGUCGCCAUGGGCAACCGCCAUCGCAGCUACGGCAGCUUCAAAGGCCGAGUGCGCCUGCGUCGCUCGGCUCCAGGGGACAUGUCUCUCGUGAUAAAUGAGCUGCAGCUGAACGACACCGGGCGGUACCGCUGCGAAGUGAUCGAUGGCCUAGAGGAUGAAAGCGUGACGGUGGAGCUGGAGCUGAGGGGCGUUGUGUUCCCCUAUCACUCUCCGAAGGGACGCUACCAUCUGAACUUCUUUGGUGCCCAGCAAGCGUGCCUGGACCAAGAUGCAACUCUGGCUACGUUUGAGCAGCUCCUCUCGGCCUGGGAGGACGGGCUGGACUGGUGCAACGCCGGCUGGCUGGCCGACGGCACCGUGCAGUACCCCAUCACCGCCCCACGGCACGGCUGCGGAGGUGAAAGUUCGGCUCCUGGACUCCGCAGCUACGGACCAAAACACCGCCUCUUCCACCGAUUUGACGCUUUCUGCUUCUCGGCCUCCAUGAAGGGGAUGGUUUAUCACUUAAACUACCCAAGACGGCUGAAUUUCACAGAAGCAGCCCGUGCUUGUGCCAGAGACGGGGGCCGGGUCGCCAAAGUGGGCCAGCUGUACGCCGCCUGGAAGCUGAAGGGACUGGACCGCUGCGACGCGGGCUGGUUGGCCGACGGGAGCGUGCGUUACCCCAUCACAAACGCCAGGCCUAACUGUGGCCCGUCACAGCCAGGGGUGCGUAGCUUUGGGUUCCCGGCUCCACACAUGAAAUUUGCCGUGUACUGCUACCGAUAGAUGAUUUACAACGAACCUACAUCCAAAUAGGCAAGUCGACAGUUCCUGUAUCGCUUUACUUUUUAAAACAGACAAUGUGACCUUUGAAAGAUUUUUAUUUCAAUGACUGGUGAAACACCUCUGGGACAAUUCAGAAAAUCAUCCGACCCCUCCCCCCCAAAAAACUAGAAAUGUUUACAUCUUCUUUGUGGAAAAUUUCCACCUCAGCUUUCGGAGCAGCACUACAAAUACUUGCUUUUAUCAUUCACAUUAACACCAGUCAGUGGCAGCUGCUUGACAGGAUGUUGUUACAGUUUUACCUUUGGUCCACAGAUUUCCACACUGUGAUUGUUGGGGACUAUAUGGGCGCUGUCUUUUAAAGAAUUAAUUUAGCACAUGUCAUUAAUGAACGAUGCUCUACGAAUGACAAAACCCCUCUGUUCAUGUAAUAUAGAAAAUCACCUUGUAAAAGAAGAAUCCGAGUUUUUGUCAAACGCAUGCCCUGUUUUUGUAUUGUCUAUGCAUUUGUGAUAUUUUCUAUGAAUAAAAACACUUCUGUAAAUAU